GGUGAUUCAGUGGCGGUUGCCAUGGCAACUUGAGAAAAGCCGCUUAAAACGUUUGCUAAUUUCAAAAACAACUGUGGGUUACAAGUGAGAAGUAGUGAAACAGAGAAGACAUGCAAGACAGUGAGGACAUCCAAGUGAGUUUCUAUGAAAAUUUUGGUGAGGAACCAAGACAAAUUGCCACAGAAGUUGAAGAUGAAACGGGCAGAGAAGAGACUCAAAGCAACAUCAUAAAGAGACCACGAUCCUGCUGGCAAGCUGUUUUGAUUGGGAUUUUGAUGCUCCUGUUUUGUGGGGCGACCGCUAUCCUCUUUAGUCAGAGAGUAAAGUUACAGCUUAUACAAGAUGAGAUAUUCACUAUGCGGAAUAAAACCAACCUGUUUAAAAAAGAAAACAAUCUGCUGAAGCAACUUCUGAACUCCACUUAUCCAGACCUCAACCUUCUGGGGAAUCAGUAUGACCUGCUGAAGCUGCUCAUAAAUGCAAAUCUGUACAACUUCACCUUGUCUCCUGAAAACAUAAACCUGAGCCGGCUCUUGGACAACAAAUUGCAAGAAAAGAAAAAGUUGGAAGUGGAGAACAAAAAGCUUAAUGCGUUUCUAAAUUCAGCUUUGGAAAACUAUAACCUUGUGCAUCAGAGAAAUGGACAACUGAACCUGCUCCUGAAUGAAUCACUGCACAUCAUUGUCUUGGCAUCUGAAGAGAUGAAAGAGUUGCAUCUGAUGUUAGACAAAGAACGGCAAAAAUCCAUGCAGCUGGAAGCAGAAAAUCAACACCAGCGUUCAAUCCUGUCCUUGGACGAACUCUCCUUCCUCUGGAGAUUCUGCAACAAGACAACACUGCAGUGUUCACGCUGCUCACCUGGCUGGGCUGUGCACACUUCACGCUGCUUCUUCCUGUCCAAAGAGGCAAAGACGUGGGAGGAGGCUCGCAGUGACUGUCAUGUGUUGGGAGGUGACCUGGCUGUUGUUCUGAAUGCUGAAGACCAGGAAUUCUUGACCAACAUGACUGUAGAGUUUGUACAGCACCACCCUCAAGAAAACUUCCAUUCAGCAUGGAUUGGGUUGCGGAACAUGGUCAGAGAAGGCACCUUCAUCUGGGUCAAUGGCAACAGAGUCAAGUCAGAUGUCAUUUACUGGAGGCACAUGGAGCCAAACAAUAAUGGGACCUCUUGGGACAAAGACCAGGCAGGACAGGACUGCGUGGGAAUUGUCCCGCCAAGGCAAGUUGGAGAGAUGUAUUGGUUAAACUCCUGGGAUGACAUUGUUUGUGAUAGCAAACAGCACUACCUGUGUGAGACCUUGGCUCUCAGUUUGUCCUGACUGACAUGAUGUGUGAUGAUGACUCAUCACAAAUAAUCUGUUUGAGUGUAACUGUACUGUGUUUUAGUGUAUUGUGAUUUACAAAUAUAAACAAUACUGCUGAAAUUCUAUGUAACUGUUGUGUAAGUAAUCAAAGGUAAGGGUUAAAAUAAAUUUAAAAUUAAAAUAGCAAUAUUCCAUUGAA